AUGGCUUCGUCUGAAUUCGGAGACUCCGUGGUACUUCACCAUGUACCUCAAAAUUUUGACUCCUUGGAUGCACGAGUCGUGCAAUACAAGUAUGCUAUCGUUAAGCUUCAACGACUUAUCAACUCCAUUGAUGGAAUCCUCGACAGAACCUCCGGGUCGACCAACAACCUUGUGUUGGUGCAGUACAUCAUAUAUCUCUCCGCUACGGUCUUUGCAAUCAACGAGAGCGGCUUUGGCCAAAGAUUGGCUUCGUUGGAGGCAUUCAGGGCCUUGAAACCUUCCAACAUCACUAUCAGCCAGGUGGUUACCCAUGUGGCCUACGACAUGAAGGACCACCCCAUUAUUCCGCUUGAAACUCUACCCUCACCGCUGGUUGCGGCAAACUGCUUGAAAAGCUUUCGAGCAUCGUGUCUCAAUUGCUUGGAUGGAUAUCAGAAACGGUAUGCUAAUGCCCUGAGGGAAAUCCAGAACUCUGCGUAUAUGGGCGACUUGGAUGCGCUCUUCAACUCGCUGUUCUUCGAUCGCGAGCUUGAUAUCGACUUGACACUCCGUUGCUCAAAGAUAUCGCCCUCGUUCAUGUUACCUUUGGAAUCUAAGGAUGUGGUGACUGAUCCGGACUUCGACGAAGCCUCGUUGAUCGACAUGGACCUCUAUGGCCUUUUCACAUUGACCUUGCAGAUGUCACGUAUGCUCGCUAGGAUCAAACCUCAGAUUGCAAAGUAUCGUGACUUGAAACUGACGCAAAGAAAUUUGCAAGAUGCGUCUUUCAAGGCAAUUCCGCAAUACGAGUAUUCGCUACAUCGUAUUCUCUUCUGGGCUUUGCGCUUGAACGACUUGUACUCGAUUAUCCGUCGGUUCGGCCGCCAGAUCUUCCUAGGAAACUUGGAGCACUUGCAAGAUGCUAAGUUUCUCUCGCAAAUGCCAAACGGUGCAUUUUUCAAGAAUAGCAUUUUGAAGGAUAUCGACGAGUACUUCAACACUUCCAAGAAGAACGGUAUCCUCAUAGCAACCAUCACACGUUUCAUUCGCAUGAACUCCAAGUAUGAUAUAAAGGCUCCGAAUGUGCUUGAGUUUGUUGGUUUCAUACAGCAAGGAUUUACCUAUAUUGAGGCUUUGAACAAAAAAUUUCAGGAAUUCGGACUCAAUUGGAUUGCUGGCGAGCUCUCAUUCCGAAGAAUGCACGACUUGCCCAUUAGUAACCUCGGCAAGCUCAACUCCAUGUUACAGGACGAAGUUUCGAGGGACUUGCGAUUGAAGAGGGAAGCUGCUCUUAAAAGCGAGAGAGGCAAGGCAAAGCAUAUCACCAAGCCGGUCGCCAGACCCUCGAAACCAUCCCCUGCAACUUCUUCUGCCGGCGUAACUUCUCCCCAAAGUUCUUUAUCCAGUUCCAACGUCGGCUCUCCCUUAGUGUCUCAAUCCACAUCUCCAGCUCCUAUUCCAGCGCCAAUAAAGUUGCCAACUAUCCCACCCAAGGCUGGCGAUAAGGUCAAUCCUCCCCCUUCGUUGUCGAAACUUGUGGUGACGAGAACAUCUCGGUCAUCAUCUGUGAGCAGUUCAAAUGAUUCGAAUCCAAGCAGCCCGAGGAUUUCUUCACCCAGUAAAGGAGCAGCAACCAAAAACCUGGCAUCUCCUAGCACAGAAACCUCCUUUACUGGCCCACGCAGACCACAGAGCAUGAUCUUCCUCAACUCUAACUCCUCGGCCAGCUCUAUCACGUCCCUCCAGACACAAUCAACCAGCCCAAUUGAUAAGAACAAGAUUGUUAACACGACAGCUGGGGGCCGCCGAAGAUCUAAUUCGCAACCACUUUCGUUUAAUGCUUCAGCUACUGCCCUCAAACAGGCAGCUGCAGCCAAAGACUCUGGCUUGAGAUCUCCAUCCGGAAGCAUUAGGAGAACACCCUCGAUUGGUAUGAAACCCACCAACUCUUUGCCUCAGUCCCCGUUGGCAGCCAAAACCAGUCAGCUCAAUGUGGUAAAUGAGACCGAAUUUGAACCUCCCACAGUCAAGCUCACAGCCAACCAGAAGUUUCAGCAACAUUUGAGAGAGGCAUCUCGUUCGGGAGCUCUUAAUACUCAGGAGAAAGAGACGUUCACUAACGUGCUUUUCGAUCCCAACAACCCUUCAGCGCUCAAGUUGAAGCGCUAUGUGGAUCCUCCGAAGCCACAGGCUGCCCCAGUAGUGGAAGAGAAACCUCGUAUUAAUCCCCAGGAAGUAGUUGAAUCGGCUGCGCGUGCUUCUUUGAAGAAGGCUCACAAUCUGAGGCCCACAGUUGCACAAGUUACGAAGCUCAAUACGCAGAGAAACAGCGUACUUCUACAUAUGCCAGGUGCUUCUACUCUGCGCCGUGCUAGUGGCGAGUCUUUCUCGUCAGAGUUGUCUGAUGGGUCCAGCCGGUCUACCCCAACAGGCGUUUCGUCAACAACAGGAGAUGAAAAUUCUAUCUGCAAGAAGGUCCGGUUUACUGGUGUGCCCCAGUAUACGCCAGCAGAGGAUGCACCCAGUACACAUUCCAGCCGAAUCUUGAAGAAUUUUGCCGCUUUCAAGAUGCCUUUGAUCAAUAGAGGAGCACGGGCUGCUUUCAAAAAGAAAGAUGAGUUGUUCAAGAAAGAAGAAAGCAUUUUGUUCAAGCAGCAACUCCAUCCUGGUAGUAACACAAUCCAGGCACCGGUUCAACAAUCUGGUUCCUAUGUCCCGGUCCCUCCACCUCAAAGGUUAUCAGGAUUUAGAUAA